AUGAUAGUGAGGGCAUUUGAUUAUACAAAGAGAGAUGUAUUGGGAGACAUUGAGUUGCCACUUCUCAUUGAGGCAUGCACUUUUAAUGUUACAUUCCAGGUGAUGGAUAUUGAACCAGCACACACUAUGCUAUUAGGAAGACCCUGGAUCCAUUCAGCUAAUGCAAUGCCUUCAACUCUGCACCAAAGGAUCAAAUAUGUCAUGGAUGGUAAAAUCAUCACAGUGAGAGGAGAGGAAGCCAUGCUGGUUACCAAGCCCCAAUCAGUUCCUUAUGUAGAGGCAGCUGAGAGAUCCUUGGAGAGUUCAUUUAAAGCAUUGGAAUUGCAAGGAACCACUUUGAAUGAUGGGGGAGCCGCAGCCAUGGUCACAAAAGUGAUGCUGAGAAAUGGUUAUAAGGAAGGCAAGGGAUUAGGUGCCACAUUACGAGGGAUUAUUGAUCCUAUAUUGGCUACUCAAAGAAAUGGCCACUCUGGGUUAGGAUAUGAGGAGGAUGCUCUAACUAAUGGAAGGUUCUGGAUGAGAAACAUGCUCCGAGAUCAGAGAUUUGAUAGAUCACUUGGGAAGAUGAAGAGCAUCUCGAAAAUUGUAGAUGUUUUUACUAGGCCAAUCAUUGAAAUUAUAAAAGAAGAGGAUGGAGAAUCUUCCUUAGAGCUGUCUAUCAAUGUCCUACAGCCGAAUCCUAUACUCGAGAUGCUAAUUUUGCCAAUUGUAGAGGGCCAAGAGCUAUAUAACUGGGAAGCCGAGGAUAUCCCUAUGCUAUUUUUCGAGACUACUGAUCAAUCAAGAAAUAAUAAUUCAAUUGACUCUGAAAUUCCCUAUGUUAACUUUAAAAGUCCCAUGGUUGCCACUGACACAAGUGAUUCCGAAGAAGAGUCUAUGAAAGAGCAAAUGGAUGUAAAUGAACCCACUCUGGUGCCCUAUGGAGAUGAAAUGAGCACCUUAAAUUUAGGGAUUGAAGAGAAUAAAAAGGAGCUCAAGAUUGUAAAUAAUAAAGAGUUAGAGGGCAUGAUCCAACUGCUAAAGGAGUUCAUUGACGUGGUAAAGUAUCCCGAGUGGAUAGCUAAUGUCAUCUCGGUAAUGAAGAAGGAUGGUAGGGUAAGAGUGUGUGUCGACUAUAAGGAACUCAAUAAGGUGAGUUUGAAAGAUGAUUUUCCUCUCCCACAUAUAGACAUGCUAAUAGAUAACAUAGUAGGAUUAGGGAGAUGCUCAUGCACUGAUGGAGCCUCAGGAUAUAAUCAAAUCUUAAUGGAUGAAGGUGACAAGGAGAAGACUGCCUUCAUCACCCAGUGGGGAGUAUUUUGCUACCGAGUAAUGCCCUUUGGAUUAAAGAAUACUGGAGCUACCUAUCAACGUGCCAUGCUCACAUUAUUCCAUGACAUGAUGUAUAAAGAAGUAGAAGUCUAUGUGGAUGAUAUGAUCAUUAAGUCCAGAGGAACUAAAAGCCAUGUACAGUUGUUAAGAAUGGUAUUCGAAAGGUUCAGAAAGUAUCGACUAAAACUGAACCCGAUAAAAUGUGUGUUUGGAGCAAGAUCGGGAAAGCUGUUGGGGUUUAUAGUCAGUGAGAAAGGAAUAGAAGUAGACCUAGACAAGAUUCAAGCCAUUCAAGAAAUGCCAUCCCUAAAGAGAAAAAGGGAUGUGCAUAGUUUCUUGGGAAAAUUGAAUUAUAUUUCAAGAUUUAUUUCUAAUCUCACCACUAAGGCUGAACCCAUUUUCAAAUUGCUCAAGAAGAACAAUACUGUGAAGUGGGAUGAAGCUUGUCAAGAAGCCUUCAAAAAGAUUAAGCAGUAUUUAUCAAGCCCAACUUUAUUAGUUCCUCCAGUGACGGGCAGGCCAUUAAUUUUGUACAUGGUAGUUCAGUAG